UUGAAUCUUUUAUCUUCUCCAACACAUUUACCAGAUUGUAGAAACAUUAUCCAGGGAAGGCAAAGAUGCAUUUUGCGUUCUUUUUUUAAAAGAAAGACCUUAAUCGAACUAAAGCAGAAAUAUUACACGAUUCUUUUUUCGCAUUUCUUGAUCUUCGAGUCACUUCAGAAAAAAAAGUUGAAAACUUGGGUAAUUGUUCAGUGGUGUAGAGCAGACCAAUAUGCUAUGGAUAUCACACAGAGUCGAACACACAAGAAAAUAUUUAUCCACUCCAGGAAAUUCAAUCAUUUUUCUGGGAUAAUAAUGCACUAUUAGGCGCAAUAAUGAAUAUUUAAGUGCAAAUGAUGUGUUAUUCUCGCUUGAGGCAAGAGCUUAGCAUCAAUUUUAAUUGAAAUAUGCAGAACGUCUGAUUUACACGGCCCAGUUUUGUCAUCCACAUAAAGACUAAUGACAAAGUAAAUUGAACGCGCUCAUUUGUUUACCUGCGACCAUUUUGAGGUCGGGUCUAUCUUGCUUAGCAAACGUCAUUCGCACUUAUUUCGAUGUAAAUUUCGUUUUAAUUAAUCAUUGCGGACUCGGGAAUAUUUUCUUAUGGUUUUAUAGCAAAUUGGAAAUAAUAUUCCACAACUUCAUCCUUGGUCGUUUCGCCUUGAAGCUCUCAGUUCUAAAAUAUAAGCUAAUAGAGCUUGUUUCCGCGCCUUAAAGCGAAGUUUAUGAAAAAGCACUCAGAUGGAUAUGAUACGAUGCGUGAUGCGCACGGUGUCUUAUUUGCGUGAUAAAAACCAAUCGCAAACAUCUGCAUGUUAUUUUUUCUAGAUAAAUUUAAAAUGUUAGUCAUGCGUUUCUUAAUUCGGAGAUGUCAGAUCUCGGAUAUAAAGAUAGAUAUGUUUACGCAAAAAUCUGCUUUGUAACUGCAAACUUUUCAAGUUUGGACGUUUUGUGCACAAGUGAAGAUCCUGUUUUUAUGCCUACUAAACGGAGUUCUCUGACGGACAGAAAACAGAUACCCCGCCAAGAAACCAGCCUUGCCUUUUUGAUGUAAUUGGACCAUGUCAAGACCAGCUUCUGAUUCUGCCUCGAUAGGACGCCAGAGAAAAUAAUUGUUGUUAAUGCGAUAGCAAAUGCAGUGCAUCUGGAGUGUCGAUCGUCGCCUCACGGUCAUACCAAGCAACGAACACUAGCUGAACGAUCGUCAACUGUCGCCGGAAAGUUAAAGCCGUCGUGAUCGCCAAAAAUCCGACCGGACACACGACGGCCAUCUUGGUUGAAAUUCUUCGGCUCGGGCGCGGUGUGUCCGUCGAAAAACGAAGAUUUCCUUUUAUUUAAGAAUGGGUAAGAAGCAAAGUAAAAAGCUUGACCCUGAGGUCUUGGGCGACCUUUUGAAGAACACAAAGUUCGAAGAAAAAGAACUAAAGUCGUGGUACAAAGGCUUCUUGAAAGAUUGUCCGAGUGGUUACUUAACGAAACAACAAUUUAUAGAAAUGUACAAGAAAGUAUUCGACAAAGGAGAUGCCUCGAGGCUUGCUGCUUGUGUGUUUCGGCGAUUUGAUGUGAACGGCGACGGCAAAAUUGACUUCCGUGAAUUUAUGUGCUCUCUUUCGGUGUCAACCCGAGGAACGAUGGAGCAAAAACUUCGUUGGGCGUUCAGUAUUUACGACGUGAAUGGAGAUGGGUAUAUAACGAAACAGGAAAUGUUCCGAAUCGUGGACGCAUUAUACAAAACGAUGGGUGAUAAUCCGGAAGAAACCGAAGGCAUUCCGAACUGGGACGAACUUACUCCUGAAGAGCGCACACUUAAAGUUUUCCAUAACUUUGAUCAGAACAAAGACGGUGUUUUAUCAUUGUCGGAAUUCAUCGAGGGAGCCAUGCGUGAUAAAACCCUGGCGCUUAUUUUGGAACAAGGAGCAGAGAAGACAUGAGAGGGUGGCUGUUAAACAGAUGUUUUUAAGAACAGGAGAAGCAACUCAUUGCCUAACCCAGGUUGCUAUCAGAUACUCUGUCUAACAUUAUAUUCGAAUAUGGGUAGUUUGAAGUGCGUGUUCAUAGUUUAAAGAACCUACACGUAGUUUUUCAUGUAGUUUGGCACCGAGGAUUUAAUAUUUCCUUCUAAACCUUCCUCUUGGUGCCGGCCACUACGGCGCUCAACAUUAUGUGAGCCAGCAGUGAUGUCUUUAUGUCGGAGAGGAAUUAAUUGCUAAUGAAGAGGGGAUAGUCUUUUACGAGGGUGGCAAAGGGUUUUUAAGUGAUUUGUGAUUACGACCAAAGCUUUUUGACGCGUGAAUUUUACCAAAAGGCGAGGGUGAUUUGUGAAUUUAUGAAUUAGAGUGAGGCGUGAUUUGCUUACUGAAAUAUACGUGACCGGUGAAUUAUUUCUUUCGGUUCGUGUAAACCUCAGAAAAGAUAUUUAAAUUUUUCCCUUUUAAAUUCGCGACGCUAGUGUACGUGAUGCGUUAUAAAAAAUUCGUGCGUGAAAUGGGAUCAUGACCCCUCCUUUGCUUCCCCCUAUCGUGGUUGAUCUGUUAUUUUUGUGUGAAUUAUUCACUUUGUGUCCAAAGCAAAUUAAGCUCGAAAUGGUCUGUCUUUGCAGUAAGAAAAAAAAAAACUUUGUAUUUAGUUUUGUACGAUGCACCAAUGAUGUCAAAUUUACCAUAGCUUGUGAGACUAACUUAUCAUAAACGUAUUCAGCAAGGAGACUUUGCUUCUCCAUCGAAGCUUUUCAUCUAAAGAAGCAUUAUGUUCCAGGAUAUCUCUGCCAUUGAACACUGAAUGUAAAGUUUGAAAAACUGUCCUCAAACGUGCUUAAACUCACAUUGUGCGGGCCGCCAUUUUUAUCUUGCAUAGCAACCUGGCCGCUAACUUUUGAAG